AUUAAAUCCUGUUUACCAUUGUCAAUUUGACAUGCUAUAUAACCACAUUUAAAAUACAAUUUUGCAUUAGACUGCUUGUUAUCACGACAACAGGUGAAACAUAAAACGGCAAUAGCAUGAGAGGUUUAAUUUUAACUUUGAUGAUCGUUUCUUUGAUCAGUGUUACAAUCACAGGCGCAGCAAAAUGUGGUUCAAAAACAUAUGAUUACAAGUACUAUACUUGUUGUAAGGGCGUUCUUACUUUUGGAAGUGGGCAGUCAUGUUGCGGGACACAAGCGUAUGACUAUAAAUACCAUACUUGUUGUUCGGGUAAACUCUCGUUUGGAAGUGGACAGUCGUGUUGUGGCGAAGAAGCUUAUAAUUACAAAUACCACACGUGCUGUGCUGGAAAAAUUAGGUUUGGAAGUGGACAGUCGUGUUGUGGCGAAGAAGCUUACAAUUACAAAUACCACACGUGCUGUGCUGGAAUAAUUAGGUUUGGAAGUGGACAGUCGUGCUGUGGAGAUAAGGCUUAUAAUCAUAAAUUCCAUUCAUGUUGUAACGGGGUUGUCCGAUUUGGAAGUUGUUAAUUAUUUAAAAUUCGAUCAGUUAAACUUUUGAAUAAACAAAGGAAAGUCUAGAAUAAUAAAGUUCUAUUGACAUUUCAAAAUGACUUAAACUAGUUGUAUGGAUGCUGUUAAUAAUUAAUCAUAUAAAUGUAAGGAAAAUUGAAAAUUAAAAAAAUCAUUUGUCAUAAAAAAUAUAAUGUAUCUAAGGAAAAUAAAAUAUCAAAGCAAAGAA